AUGGCUACAACACCCCAAGAGAUCUACGGCCCCGGCACGCAUGUGGACGCCAGCUUCACUCCAGUACCGGAAGAAUGCAAGCGAUUGCUGCGAGUCUUUGCGGCCAAAACGCCCGGUUUCACGCAGGCCAGUGAGAUGCUUGACGGGGUGAAAUUCGAAGGCGACGCCUUGCCCUGCAUUCCAGGACCGAUCAAGGCCCAGGCUGUGACCGCCGUGCUGCACGCAAUGGUCGGCAUCGUUGGUCUUGAAAUCCUCCAGCUCCGCGGCGAUGACCCCGGCUCUACAGUGUGUGUCAAUACCAAUCAUGCUGGGUUGUACCCAGCCACACCAGCACUGGUCAAUAUUGACGGCCACACGGGGCCCGACGUGAUCCAACUUCCAACUGUGCCCCAGUGGGAUAAAGACCGUCAAUCCGGUUCGGCGCUUGUCUUUCGCGCCACGGCCAUUUAUCCGACCGCGGACAAAGACACCUGGUUUCAGCUUCAUGGCUCACUCGACCCUUGGAUUGUCCUACGGACAAUCGGCAUUGAGAGAGAUGCUGAGGCUACCGUUCGCUCGACUGACGACGCCUACGCACUCAUUGGGAGUCGUGUCCGUACAUACCGUGCACAGGAGAUAGAGCAGCUCAUGCUGGAGCGAGGCUUGUCUGGAUCCAUCGUCCACUCCCCCGCGGGCUGGCGUGCCACCGAGAUGGGUAGAUCUCUUGCUCGUCAUCCGCUGGUCAACUACAAACGACAAGGGCAUGGUCCGUCUCUCCCGCCUACGCCGAGCAUCAAGACGGAAGACCGCCGACCGCUGGCGGGCAUCAAAGUCGUGGAGUUGGCACGUAUCAUCGCCGCAACAGCCGCUGGGGCCGCUCUUGCAUCGAUGGGAGCAGAGGUCAUCCGCGUCAACACGUCCAAACUCAAGGACUACACGCCCGCGCAGCCUUCUUCCUUAAUGGCCGGGAAGACGACAAUCGACCUCGACCUUGAUGACCCCGCCGACCACGCGCGCCUGACGGCAUUGUUUGAGCAAGCCGACGUCGUGAUCCAGGGCUAUCGUCUAGGUUCUCUGGAGCGGCGUGGGUUCGGCUUCGAGGAUGCGUUGCGCAUGGCUGAAAAGCGUGGCAGAGGCAUUGUGUACGUCGAUGAGAACUGCUACGGCCCUGAUGGAUACUACGCGGAGCGCCCGGGGUGGCAGCAAGUGGCCGAUGCGGCCGCAGGAAGUUCGUACGUGAUGGCGCAGGCAUUCGGGUGUCCCCCGGGCCAAGGGGUGCUUCCCAGCCUGCCGAUCUCGGACAUGUCGACGGGCAUCCUGACGGCGCUGACCAUCAUGUGUGGCCUCCGGGACCGUGCGCGACACGGUGGCUCAUACCGUGGUCACAGCGCCCUGGCGGCUUAUAACAUGGCGACGCUCGACCCGGAUGUCCGACUGUACCAGCCCGAGGUUGUGCAAAGGAUCCAGCAGACGUAUCGGUUCCCCUCCUGGUCCAGCGACGCGCACGUCGCUCCGCUCUAUUACGAGAUAAUCAAGGCCUGGGAUGAGAACAGUGACUUGAUUCGCAACGACGACUACUACGUCCGUUUUUCGGACUCGGUUUUCGGGAAUGAUCUGCGGGUGCUGGGCCCCGUGGCGAGGUAUGCGGACGCGGAAACCACUCCCAGAUGGACGACUCCCCCGGUCCCCUUUUGCCACCACGAAUUCAGAACCUUUCAUAUGGUUCAUGUUCCUGCGGGGUAG